AUCGUGGUCUCGUUCACCACCAUCGUCUGUCCCUUCACUCUUCACAUCACUUCACCUCGCUUGCGCACGCGUCGUUAUGACCUUUCGACGCGUCUCAAUAUGGUUGCAGCCAUCGUCGCUGCAGCCUGGCACGCGCCUUACACUUGCCGCUUUUGUGUAACAGCCAAGCGCGGGGCUUGAAUGCGAAUGCGCAGCAAUUGCCCAGAUGAAGCAUAAGACUUUUAUGACAACGUCAAGACCUUCAACUCUACAACGGAAUCAUGGCGGACGAGACUCAUACCUUCAAGGCUUCCUGCAUUUGUGGCAACAUCUCCCAUGAGAUCAGCAUCCGCAAGGCCGAUUUGCCUCUCAGAGGCUACAUGUGCCACUGCGAUUCCUGUCGACAUAUGACGGGAGCUUUGUGCCUCACAGUGACCUUUCUCCCAGCAUAUUACGAACCUGCGAAAUCCCUCGUGGAUAAGCUCAAGGGCUUUCAGUUCUCGAAGCGCAUAAUUCAAUACCAUUGUCCGACAUGUGGUUGUCAAAUGAUGGCGCGCUGCGUAGAGGACGCGGAGGAUCCCGAUAGCAAGGUCACUUGGGACACUACCACUGGCACUCUUGACGACAUCGAUAAACACAUUGAUUGGCAGGGCCAUGAGUUCCUCAGCGAUACUCUAGACGGCGGCUUUGCGGAUAUGUUGCUGGAGGUCCAUGGCAAGAAACUGGAUCGCUGGCCAGGUCGAUUCGGCGAGGGCAAAGAUCAGCUCCCUGUGUACUGGCAGUCCAGCUCUGGAAGCAGCCUCUCGAGGACCUCCUCAGACAAGCUACAUGCAUAUUGCAAGUGUGGUGGAGUGGACUUCUGUGUCGGUCAACCCUCGCCCAGAUCGGUCAUCGUUAAUAAAGUCUGGCCGGAUAAGUCAUCUGCGAGUGAUAUUACGGAAUCAGAUGCUCCAGACAGCAUUGAGCAGUACUGGCUCCACGACGACCACACCAAGUUCCCAGCUGGCCUAUGUGGGUGCGACUCCUGCCGUCUUGCGUCCGGCAUGGAAGCCACAUUUUGGGCUUUCGUGCCCAAGAUGGAUAUCUCUUUGGACAAGGAAGGCAAAAUACCGUUCAAUUUCGAGUUUGGAAUUGAGAAGCUCAAGAAAUACACCUCCUCUGCGGGCUGCCAUCGUUAUUUCUGCGACACUUGCGCAGCGACUUGCUUUUAUAUGGCAGACGACAGAAAAUUCAUGGUUGAUAUUUCAGUCGGGCUGUUUGCGGCUGCUGAGGGCGCAAAGGCUCAGUCUUGGUUAUCAUGGCGAACUAGCCACCUGAGCUUCCGAGAAGACACUGUUCCUCGAGCUGAAGGACUGUCGGGGGGCAUAGAGACGGCACUCAAGUCCUGGGAACAGCAUUUGCAAUCGGAGAAAUGAGGUGCACCUUUGCUGCCAGUAGAGAUCUUCUGCCGCCUCAUCGUCAGUGAUUGAUCUGCGUUGCCCAGCACGUGCAGGAUCAUGAAAUGCGAAAAGGCUUUGGCGCGAGCGGUGUGAGGUGUUUUAAAUGCCAAUCCGCAUGGUAGCUGCGGAAAAUCCAGUUUCAGACUACCACCCUGUCCACAGCGUGCCACGUCUUUAGUAUACUGCAUUUGUACCUGCCGCUCUUC